GACGGUGGUAGGGUCAUCAGUAAUUUACUUUCUCCUCCAAAGCGUAUCCUCCUCUAACCUCGAUCUACCAAGCAAGCAACCGACCUUAUCUAAGCUUUUUUGGUUCGCAAAAAAAUCUCUAGCUUCGAUCGGAUCUCGCCAAUUUAGGGUUUUUGAAGUUUCAGAAGAAAGAUUCGAUCUUUGGGGAAUUCGAAUGGCGGAAUCAGGAGGAGGAGGAGGAGGGUGGCGUGAUUCGUAUAGAGGAAUGUCCUCCGAUAACAUCAAGGGUUUGGUGUUGGCCAUCUCGUCUAGUUUAUUCAUCGGAGCUAGCUUCAUCGUCAAGAAGAAAGGUCUCAAGAAAGCCGCCACCACCGGCACUAGGGCAGGUGUUGGUGGCUACUCUUAUCUUUACGAGCCUCUUUGGUGGAUCGGCAUGACUACAAUGUUACUUGGUGAGAUUGCCAAUUUUGCUGCCUAUGCAUUUGCGCCGGCUAUACUUGUCACUCCUCUAGGCGCACUCAGUAUCAUCAUCAGUGCUGUCUUGGCUCAUAUUAUAUUACGGGAGAAACUACACGUUUUUGGAAUUCUCGGCUGUGCCUUGUGUGUUGUGGGUUCGACUACAAUUGUCCUACAUGCUCCUCAAGAACAAGAGAUUGAUUCUGUGCUUGAAGUUUGGAACCUUGCAACUGAACCAGCAUUCAUGUUCUAUGCGAGCAUUAUCAUCGGGGCUGCUGUGUUUCUUAUUACCCGUGUUGUGCCCCAAUACGGGCAGACAAACGUAAUGGUCUACAUCGCUAUUUGCUCGCUUGUGGGAUCAUUGUCGGUGAUGAGCGUAAAAGCACUUGGAAUAGCACUAAAGCUGACAUUUUCUGGAACUAAUCAGUUGUUUUAUCCUCAAACUUGGGUGUUCACCUUGGUCGUACUUACCUGCGUGAUAACCCAGUUGAACUACUUAAACAAGGCUCUUGACACAUUCAAUACAGCUAUAGUAUCUCCUAUAUACUACGUAAUGUUCACAUCACUAACGAUAUUAGCCAGUGUUAUCAUGUUUAAGGACUGGGAUAGGCAAAACGGUACUCAAAUUGUCACAGAAAUGUGCGGAUUCGUUACAAUACUUUCUGGCACUUUUCUUCUCCAUAGAACGAAGGACAUGGUCGAGGGUUCGUCGGUAAUAUUACCGUUGCGGAUAAGCAAGCAUGCCAAUGAGGAUGGGUUUGAAUCAGAGGGCAUUCCACUAAGACGCCAAGAAUCUCUCAUGUCAGUUUAAAAGCUGUUACUGCUUUGUUUUCCAGUCUACUCCAAGCCAGAGAGCCUCAACUUUUUUUCCCUUGAUAUACAAUGAACGUGUGGACCAUGGUUCUUCUGUUCUAACAAUCACAUAUGGUUCAAGAAGAUCAAGAAGGUAAAAAGAGGACGAUCAGAUCUCAUCUUCUUCUCGGUAAAUAUGCUGUGAAUUCAAUCAAAACAAAACAUAUGGCAUUAGCACACACCCACACAUAAACCCUUUUGUGCCCUUUUAGAUUUAUUUAUUUUUCGAUGUAAAACUGAGAUGGGUUUUGCUUACAACUGAAGGUUUUCAAUUCAA